CGCUGCCCGUCGACACUAUCGAUCAGUUUUCUGCGCCGGAUAAGACGUCUCGAGCACUUUCAAAGUUCAGUUACCAGAACCUUCCAGGCCGCAGACUUGACGAAGGAGAAGCCCUGCAACCUUUUGCUAGCACCAGUGCUCCUACUAGUAUCUUAGCAACACGGCCCAGGAGCAGAAGGACUCGGGAACUCGAAGCAGCGACUCAUUUGUGAGGCGGGAAGAUGGAGUAUCUUGAUGCCCCCACGUUCGAUCACCUGCUGGGCUUCUUGGCGCCAGAGCACGCCUGCAAGCUGGCCGUGCAGUCAAAAGCGCUCAACGAGCUGGUGGGUGACAGCUUGCUCUGGAAGACGUGGUGCGAGGAAGACAGUCCCUCUCUCAAGACUUCCCCUGCCAGGGAGCUCGUGGCCGCGCGCUACGCGGCCGCGGUCUGCGCGCGCGGCGCGCGCGCCACUUACAAGCAGCUCUUCACAAAGCUGGCGGAGAAGCGCUCGGGGUUACUAAAUGCUGAGGCGCGAAGCUGCACCUGCAAGAGUGAAACGCCCUUGAAUAUGGAGCUCUCGGCUUACGUCAUGCUGAUGGACGUGUAUGUGGCGGGUAGAGGCCUCUUGUUUUGUUCAACAGAGUGCGCAGUCUCUGACUACGGCUGCCAGCCUGCGGGCUGCCAGCCUGCGUGGAAACAAACUGUAAGAAACGUCUGCAAGGCAGACAUGAACGGAAUGCAUGCAACGGAAGCGGAAGGCGAUCUGAACUCUGCACUACAGCAGAUUCCGAGUGGCAACGACGGGGUGCCUGAGGACUGGUUCGAGUCUCGGAGGUUGCCACUGCACGAGCAGGGAAACGUUCACUUCUCCUGGAAGCUCAUGCGCAAGGCGGACGGAAAGAUCCAGAUCUUGCUAGACCGGAAGCCCGUCCGAUCCCGCCACGACUCUGGCUUUCGCAGGACUGAUAAAUAUGAUGAUCCGGGGCCCGCGACGUGCGAGAGCAGCUUCCAAGCCGCCAGCGCUCUGCGCGACGGAAGCGGAACGGAGUGGACGACCUUUCAGGCGCUGAUGCGCUCUCUUCUUGACGAGAUGACAAUGAACACUGCUGGCGGCUUCAUAUGCGCAGCCAACUCAAAGUAG